AUGUCUCUCCUCGCCCUUCCCAACGAAUUGCUCUUCAGCAUCAUUCAGACCAUCACCAACCCCCGCGACAUUUAUCAUCUGCUCCAGACCUGCCACCGCUUCCACCACCUCCUCCUCCCCAUCCUCCACGAGCUCGCCCACCAAGACAAGGAUGGCCUCACCGCCCUGCAAUGGGCCUGCCAGCGCGGGCACAAAGGCCUCGCCCAGUUCCUUCUCGCGGACGGCGUCUCCGCCUCCUCCGGCUCCCCCCCCGUCAUCUUCUCCGCCAUCUCCGGCCGCAAGCCCACAGCCCUUGUCCCCCUCCUCUUCUCUCACGCCAACACCACGGCCGAGGUCCGUGACCAGCGCUCCAACACAAUCCUCCACGCCGCCGCCGCCGCCGGCCACAAACCAACCGUGCAGCUACUCCUCGACCGCGCAGAAAUCCCCAUCGACGCCUGCAACGACGACGGCGAAACACCCCUGUACCAGUGCUGCGCAGCCAACAACCCGUCGUCUGCGAUCGCGCAGCUACUGCUCUCCCGCGGCGCCAGCACGGGCCUUGCAACCCGACGCGGCAGACGCACGCCGCUGCAUGCCAUCGCGGCCAACACGGCCGAGACCGCACCGGACGUUGCCGACCGCCUUCUCGCCUUUGGCGCGCCCCGCAACGCCGUCAACUCUGGCGGCCAGACGCCACUGCAUGUGGCAUCUGAGCGCGGCACAGCGGCGCUCGUGGACACGCUGCUGCGCCACGGCGCAGACAUCGCCGCCAGGGACGGGCUCGGGAAGACGCCGCUGCACAUGGCGGCGGCGCGGGGCACGGAUCCAAAGAUCUGUGAGAUGCUGCUGCAGCACGGGGCGGAGCUGACGGAGCGCGACUUUACGGGGUACACGCCGAUUGAUAGCGCUGCGCUUGGGGCGGGGGCGGCAGGGGCUGGGUCGCCGGAGGCCGAGUUUGAGGCGACGAUCCGCGUGCUGCUGUCGAGGGGGGCGAGCAGGUAUUCGUCGCACACGCUGGACGGGCAGCUGUUGCUGUGGGCGGUCAAGAAUGGGCAUGAGGAUGUGUUGAAGAUGAUAUUGGAGCAGGGCGUGGAUGUGAAUGUGAGGGAUGUGGAUGGGAGGACGCCGCUGCACUGGGCGGCGCUGUUUGGGAUGGUGGAUAUUGUGAGGGUGUUGUUGGAGAGCGGGGCGGAUGGGAGCGUGGUGGCGGAGGGGAAGACGGCACUAGCGUUGGCGGCGGCGAGGGGCGAGGAUGCGGUGGUGGAGCUACUGGUUGAGAGGAGUACGAGCGUGUUGGGGAGGGGGAGUGGUGAGGCGGGUCGACGGAGGCCGCCGCCCGCGGCGCAUGGUGCGCGGAGAGGCGUGGUGGUGGAUGUCGAUGUGCGUAUGGAGUAG